GCCACCGCCGGACGAGCGGCGCGGGAGCCGGCUGCCGCGGCGGGAGGAGCGGCGACGGCAGCCGGAGCCACCUCGGGAGGCGAGCGGAGCCGCCAUGGCCGAGUUCCCGUCCAAAGUGAGCACGCGGACCAGCAGCCCCGCGCAGGGCGCCGGCGCCUCGGCCUGGGCGCUGCGCCCGGACCUGGGCUUCGUGCGCUCCAGCCUCGGCGCGCUCAUGCUGCUGCAGCUGGUGCUGGGGCUGCUGGUGUGGGCCCUCAUUGCUGACACCCCAUACCACCUGUACCCGGCCUACGGCUGGGUGAUGUUCGUCGCAGUCUUCCUCUGGCUGGUGACAAUCGUCGUCUUCAUCUUCUACCUGCUUCAGCUGCACCUGAAGUGGUACACGGUGCCCUGGCCGCUGGUGCUGAUGGUCUUUAACGCCAGCGCCACCGUGCUCUACAUCACCGCCUUCAUCACCUGCUCCGCUGUGGUGGACCUGACGUCCCUGAAGGGCAGCCGGCCCUACAACCAGCGAGCGGCUGCCUCUUUCUUUGCCUGUCUAGUGAUGAUUGCCUACGGGGUGAGCACGUUCUUCAGCUUCCAGGCGUGGCGUGGCGUGGGCAGCAACGCGGCCACCAGUCAGAUGGCCGGGGGCUACGCCUGAAGCCCGCGUCCUGGCCUGUCCUGGGGCGAAGCUGCUGCUGGGUCACAGUGUUCCGGGACGCAAGCUCUCACAAGACUCCUGAGAAAACUCCUGAGGCCUGAGCGGCACCUGCGUGGGGAUGGGGCCACCUGGCCUUGCCCCUCUCAGCAGGAGGGGAUGGGGGGUGGGGCUCUCCUGGUCUCUGCCGCCUUUGCCCUGCAGUGUCUGCAGUGGGGCCCAGCCUUCUCCCCGGCACUAACUGCACUAACAGACGCCAGGCCUGCCACAGGAUUAGCCUAACCAGCAGCUCCUAGUGCUCAGCCCGUUCCGGGAGGGCUGAGCAGGCGCACGGCACCCGCAGAGCCCUCUAGCCCAGCACAGGCUGCGCUUCCCGGCAGCCGUGGCAUCCCUCUGCGUUCUGCACACGUCACUCAGACUUCUCCAAGACGGAACCCCUCCGGUUUCCUUCCCGUUCCCAAGCCCUUAUUUAUAACACUCCCUUUGGGAAGGCUAGCGUGAAAGCCAACUGCUUCUCCAACACCACUGGUCGGCCACAGGAGACAUGGAGGGAGGGACUGCGGCCGUGUGGGUGAGCCGGCCUGCGCUAGGUGGUGACUUCGUUGUCUUUGUUUCUUUUCUCUCUUUUCUUUUUUUACAAAAAUAAAGAUGGGAGAACUUAC